ACCAUAAAAAAAAAGUAGAAGAAGAAGCGAAAGCCUAAAUAAACAAGGCAGAAAGAUAUGCAGACCAACAAAAAACACCUUUGGACAUAGCAAAAGAAAUUAGAAGAACCGGGAAAAUUGUUCCCUGAUGAAGGAUGUUAUCUGCUGGGUUGGGUCCAACUGAAAGCAGCAAUAUGGACCCAAAGAUUUCCCUUUCAGAGGUACAAACUCUGAUUGAACAGGAGGUUCAAAAAGCAUUGGCCGACAAAGACAGAGAGGUUGAGAGUGUUAUACAACACCUUCAAGACACAUAUGAAGAAACCAGCUUUGAAAUGUCGAUUCAGAGACUAGAGAAUCGAAUCAAUGCAGUAGCCAGGAGAGCAGAGGUGGCCCUCUCCUACAUAGCAAAAAAUCAAAAACAGAGUCCUCCAUCUUCCACAGAUAAUACCAACAUCCUCAGUGAAAGCCCACAGCAUGACCAUGUUAAAGCUACGCCAGAGAAUAGAAAGGGACCAACCUAUAAAACAACAAGUGGAACUAUUAUCAAAAUGAUGCAAACGGCAAGAAAUGCACUGAAGAGGUUCCAUGCUGACAAUGAAGGGUUGACCACUGUCUUGAAGGAUUCAGAUUUUGAGCGUACUCCACCUGUUCUAACUCCAAUGAAGCCUCUUAAACCUAGGGUAAAAAAUGAACCAUGGGGUCUGGGCCUGAGUAAUGUAGGUACGUUUUUUUUGUUUUUUGUCAGAAACAUUUCAACAGACCAAACUGUUAGUACUGCUUGAAUAUAUUGUUUGACCUUCAGACAAACCCACUCCUGCCAGAUAAAUACUUGGUUCUUCUGACAUCCACAUUGUUGUUGACCUGUUU